GGUAUAGCUCAGAAUCCACCGCUUACGACUCUGUGGAAAGACUGCCCCGUUCGAAGCCUACACGAGCACAGCAUGGCGACCCAGUUGGCCAAGAUGACCCGGACAGCUGAGAAGAAACAGCUCUCGGCCCUGAACGGCCAGUUCGCCUCCUACAUCGAGAAGGUGCAGGCUCUGAACCAGAGCAAUGCCGCCCUGGAGAGUCAGCUGCAGGCCGUCCAGGCCAAAGCCGCCCCCGUAGAAAAGGGGAAGUACGAGGGGAUGCUGAGUGCGCUGCGCGCUCAGGUGGACGGGCUGUCUCAGCAGAAGGCUCAGUUGGAGGUUGAGAGAAACAGCUGGCAGUCUCAGGCGGAGGAAUGGCAGGGAAAGUGCGAAGAGCAGUACUCGGUGCGCUCCGGACUGAAGGCCGAAAUUCAGCAGAACAAGAUGGAACUGGAAAUCAUCAACGCUGCGCGUUCGGGCUUCGAGAGCAGGCUGGUGGCCGCGCAGGGAGAGAUCGAGGCCGUGAAUAAGAAUAACUCUGCGGGGAUAGCAGCUCUGCGGGAAGAGUUGGCCCGGACUGUGACUGCGAUAGAGGCGAAGCAGGCGGCUGUGACAGGACCGGACCUCAGCAACACCCUGAGGGAGAUCCGUGAGCAGUACGAGGUGGUCGGCCAGGCGAACAGGCAGGACGCUGAGGCAAAGUACAGGGAGAAGUUUGCGGAGAUAGCCCUGCAACGGCAGAAAGACAGCGACGCUCUGGCAGCCGCCAGGGCAGAAGUGGCUGAGUUCCAAAAGAAGAUCGACACCCUGAGGGCCGAGGCCGAGUCUAUCAGGAGCAAGAACAUCGCCAUGGAAGACGGCAUGAAGCAAACGGAGACCCGCAUACAGAAGGAGAUGGAAUCGUACAGGCAGGCCAUCGCCAAACGCGAGGCGCAGAUCGAGCAGAUGAAGCUGGAGACGGCACAAAAUCUCACCAACUACCAGGAGCUGAUGAACGUCAAGAUGGCGCUCGACCUCGAGAUAGCCGCUUACAGGAAGCUGUUGGAGGGAGAGGAGAUCAGGCUGCUCGGUCAGGCUUAGAUGCCCCAUCCAGUUCAGACGGCCCAGAUCCCCGAGCCAACGGCAGCAACACCUAAGUGAAGCAUUUGUCCACGCCAUCGUGGAACGUUAGGACGUACAAUAUUAUCUAAUAGCAAAUAGAUUUGAUAUAUGUCACAUUCAUCGGAACAAGCCAAAACUAUUAACCAAGGUACCGUACAAGGAGGACGAAAGAAGGAAUGGCAAGAUGGGAGGAUGCAGGAAACCAGGAAGGGUGGAGAAAACUGUUUGCCAGAUCUUCCGUGGUGACACAACCUUCAAAUAGUUCGACUAAGGGAUAUAUGACACCAAAAGCGUAGAUUUUCAAGAUGCCAUGGAUGGGUGUUUCCAUGAAUUGAUUUCCUCACAAUGCAUACUAUCCGUGAACACCGUUGCUUUUCUGGUAUGGAAAUUACGAAAUGGCUUUAAAAAUGUUCACGCCAUAUAUAUAUACUAGGUUGGCGAACAGCUACGUACAGAAUAAUGAUAGAUGUGAAGGCACUGAGCACCACAUGUACGUCACGUUAUUAGUGCACCUUAAUCGGAAACUACUGUGGCAUUAUUAUCAAACGUAGAAGCAACGUAGUACGUAAUAAAAAAAGAAGAUCAAACUUAAAGAAUUAUUUCCUAAA